CACAACCCCACUCUGUUUGUGUAGAAAGCGACAGAAGAGGAUAGGAGAGGAGGAACAGAGAAGAAACGAAACCCUAGAGGAAGGCAAACCAGGAAAUCAAGCAUGGUGUGUAUACGCAAGGCUACCGUUGACGACCUCCUAGCAAUGCAAGCCUGCAACCUGUUUUGCCUGCCGGAAAACUACCAGAUGAAGUACUACCUGUACCACAUCCUGUCGUGGCCACAGCUCCUCUACGUAGCGGAGGACUACGGCGGCAAGAUCGUUGGCUACGUGCUGGCCAAGAUGGAGGAGGAGAGCUCGGAGUGCCACGGCCACAUCACCUCCCUCGCUGUGCUCCGUACCCACCGCAAACUGGGUCUCGCCACCAAGCUCAUGACGGCGGCUCAGAACGCCAUGGAACAGGUGUAUGGCGCCGAGUAUGUGUCCUUGCAUGUGAGGAAGAGCAAUCGAGCGGCAUUUAAUCUGUACACGGAGACGCUGGGUUACAAGAUUCAUGAUGUGGAGGCCAAGUACUAUGCUGAUGGCGAGGACGCAUACGAUAUGAGGAAGCUACUCAAAGGUAAGCAGCACCACCACCAGCACCACCCUCACCACCCUCACCCUCAUCACCAUCACCAUCAUGUUGGUGGGUGUUGCUCCGGUGAGGCAGUGAAGAGUGGGGACACAAAUUCGGAAUCCAAGGCCGGGUCCUCUGAGUGAUGCCUCACCUCAGAGAGUUAUUGGCGUGAUAAUUUAUAGUUUGAGCCAUGGAGGUUGAAAAGCACUCUGACAAUGGUCUCUCACUGUUAAUGACACAUUGAUGAUGAUGAUUAGGGCUGUUUGAACUCAGAAGUACUUCACAAAAGAGACCAUCUGUGCCAACUUCGAACUGUAUUUUUUCUCUUUCACACUUUUUUUUUUUUUUUGUUUUGGUUUGGGAUUUCUGUUACUUAUCAAAAUUGAUUGUGUUUGAUAUCAUGUGCCGAAUUGAUUUUUAUUCGAUAGCUGAUGUUCAAACAAACCUUGUGGAAUGAAAGCUCCCUUGUUAGACA